GUAGAUGUAGAUGUAGAUGUCCUUAACGUGAAUAUCAACAAUGUCGCGUCUGGCUUGUGGUAGUUUGACGGUGUUACUUGGUGCUGUAGCCGUCGGGAUCUACUGGAACUACGAUGGCUUCGAUCCAGAGUCUCUGCGGGGGGCAACUGUCGUCAUCACAGGCUUCAGUUCCGGCAUCGGCGAACAGAUGGCGUACCAGUACGCCCGGCUGGGAGCAAAGAUCCUCAUCACAGCCAGGAGGGAGGAAAGGCUGAAGGAGGUGGUGGCGAAGGCGAAGUCUCUGGGAGCCCAGGAGGCGCACUACGUGGCCGGGGACAUGGGGAAGGCGGAGGACUGUGAGAGAACCAUUCAAACAGCCAAGGAGAAAUUCGGACGGUUAGACUACCUUGUACUGAACCACGUCGGGUCGAGUCGGCCGAAAAUGCAGGAGAAAUUGCUUACGGGUCCGUCUUGGGACCAGGACCCGGAUACGGACUACUUCGUCGACUUCCUGAACGUGAACUUGGUCAGUUACGUCCGACUGGCUUCCCUGGCCCUGCCUCUGCUGAAGGAGAGCAGCGGGCGCAUCGUGGUGACUUCUUCCAUUUGGGGAAAGAUACCAUGGCCCAAUGUGACCUACUACUGCUCCGCGAAGUUCGCCCUGGACGGGUUCUUCAGCUCUCUCCGUGUGGAACUGAUGAAAGCCCAGCAGGACGUGUCCGUCACACUCGCCAUACUGGGCCUCAUCAAAACACAAAAUGUCAUAGAUCACGUGAAGAACGAGGAAGUUGUGAAGACUGCCGCCCCGGUAGACGAGGCGGCCAUGGCCAUUGUCCGAGGCGGAGCCACCCGGGCCCGGGAGGUCUACUAUCCCUUCUACACCUGGCCCACCACCAUACUCAGGGCUCUGUUGCCGCAGGUCCUCGACAAUAUUGUUAUCAAUAUCAGCUAGGGAACUAUUUUUGUUUUAAUCAAAGAAAAACAAAGGAAAAAAAGAAGCUUCAGACGGAGAUAUUAGCAUCUGUAUUUGCUUUAUUAC